AUGGUUAUGUCUACCCAGCUGUCAAGUCGAAUCGACCCCCACGCUUUUCCUCACAUUAUCGAUGCCAUUCUCGAACAUGCCGCCACGGAGUGGUUCACCAUCCGCCUCGUAUGCCACGCCUUUAGGUCACGAGUGGACGCCCUGUUGUUCCGACACGUCUACCUCAGUGCGACGGACGCGGACACCCUUGUCUGGUUGCCGUAUCGCAAGAUGGUGGCGCUACCCUUGCUGGUCAAGCCGGCCACCUGCCAGCAUCGCCGUUGGUGCAGCUGCCACUUGCCGGACGUGGCCGAGGUUCUCCCAAACUACGCCUGGUGCAGUACUUCCAGUGGAUCGGAGCUUCCAUUGCUCUCGCCUCGAGAUUUGGUCAAGGCUCUGCACUGCACCCGCGUCUUGACCAUCGUCGGUCGCAUGGACGUGUUCCACCCCGACUUCGUCGCUGGCUUGACCAACCUCCACACGAUUCGCACCAGGCCGCACGUCCACAGAAUCUGCCAGCACCGCUACGGCAUGCCCAAGUUGAACCCCGUCUCGCCUUGCUUGCCAUUCGUUGCUCCUCGGAUGGUCGCCUUUGUUGAGCUUCAGAGAUGGCCCCUCGUCCGUUGCAACGGGCUCAUGUUCAGCCGGCCUAUCGUGGUGGACGGAGUGCAACGCCUGGUCCUCAACGUUGCCUUUCAGUCGCCAAUGCACAGCAAUGACGGCGGCUUCCUUGCAGACAUCGACUAUCCAGCCAGUCUGCGUGAGGUCGUGGUCAUUUUCAACCCGUCUACCACGACCGAUGCCUAUAUAGGCCUUUCCAGUGGCCUGACAAUCCAAGCAAGCCUCGAAGCGUCGCCCGAUCGCUGGUUGCAAGACGUCGCCACUGGAUUGUCCCUUUAUCCGCAGAUCGACUAUUCCUUUGUCGAUCUACCUCGCGAUGCAUGGGGACCGACAAUGGAGCAAGUCGACUGGGUCGAUGUCCGUGAGGCCUUUGUGGCUGCGCACAAAGCAGCCCUGCAUGACAGGGGAUACGGUGGUGACGAAAUACAGAGUGUAUUGCACCGUGUCCGCUUUUUCACGGCCACAGAGUACGCGCAGUUGGUGGGUCAGGAGCAGUACCGGCUCGAGACGGUGAGGUAG